AUGGCACAACAAACAACCCCAGCUCACUCACAACAGAGCGAGCUAGCACCACCGGGCCAAUUUGAUAUCAUGGACGAAUCCAUGAACGAGAAGGGAGAAUUCGGGAGCGAGGCAGACUUCGACACAUUUCUGAAUCAAGAACAUGCGAGGAGAGCCGUCUCACCUGGGGUUGCGUCAUCAUCCUCGUCUGUCACAAUCUUCGACCCAACAAGUAGUCCGAACCGUGAGAGGUAUUUCGACUCGGAAGAUGAUCUUGCAAAGGACAGUGCCCCGUUCCUGUCUCGAGAUCUCGAGAAAGAUGAGUGCAAGAAGGCUAAGCCGGAGCACGUCACCUGGAUGUCUCUGCCUCACAAGGGCCAGCUGCUCAUCUUGUUCAUGUGCCGGUUUGUGGACUUCUUGCAGGUGGCGAGUCUGCAGGCCUAUGUUUUCUAUCAGCUGAAGCACUUGGCCGAGCAACGGACAAUUCAGACUGGCGGCGCAGAAGCAAUCCUCUCCGACUCUCAAAUAUCAGCACAAGCCGGUCUCCUCACCGGAUGCUUCACCGGCGCUCAAGUCCUGACCGCCAUCGCCUGGGGCAAGGCUGCCGACUCAUCGAGAUGGUGGGGAGGUCGCAAGAUGGUUCUUCUGAUCGGUACCCUGGGGACGGCCAUCGGCUGCUUCGGAUACGGAUUUUCGCAGAGCUUCGCUGCUGCCAUGGCGUGGCGUAUCUUCUCGGGCUCCGUCAACGGCCUGGUCGGCAUCAUCCGCACCAUGAUUUCCGAGAUCACCGUCGAGAGGAAGUACCAAUCCCGGGCGUUCCUCAUCCUGCCCAUGAGCUUCAACGUCGCCGGCAUCCUCGGCCCCAUCAUCGGCGGCUGGCUGGCUGCUCCCGCCAUGACCCUCCCCGGUUGGUUCGGCCCCGGCGCCCCUUUCCACUCGUCCAUGAUCGAGGCAUACCCUUUCGCCCUGCCGUCGAUCAUGAACGCUGUCUUCCUCUUUGUCACAUUCCUCGCUGUCUUCUUCGGCCUGGAGGAGACGUCCAAGAGCAAGAAGAACUCUUUCGACCCAGGCCUGUACGCCGUCGCCCGCGCAAAGGCCUUUGUGCUGCGCCGGCCCCUCGACUACGUCUACCACUCGCGCACCGGCUACUCUGAGCUUCGCCUCGACGAGAAGUCCGAGAACCCGCAGCCCGCCGUGGUCGCCCCCAAGAAGCGCAAGACACUGCCCUUCAGUCGCCUGUGGACCAAGAACGUCAUCUGCACGUUAUUAUCGCAGGCCUUCUACGACUUCCACCUCGGCGCCUUCACCAACAUCUGGUCGCUGUUCCUGUCGUCUCCCCGCCCUGGCUUCGCGCCCGCCCGCGUCGACUCUGCCAUGCCAACCGCCUCGGAGAUCGAGUCUCGCGGGCUCGGCAAGCGCAACCUGCUGUGGUUCGCUGGUGGGCUAGGCAUGCCGGCGUCGACGGUCGGCAACGCAACGUCGAUCCUCGGGGUCCUGGGCAUGCUGCUGCAGGUGGUCAUGUACCCACCGGUGCACGCACGCCUGGGCACGCUGCGGUCGUUCCGCUACUUCCUCAUCAUCUUCCCCGUCGCGUAUCUGCUGGCGCCGUUCCUGGCCGUCAUGCCGCAGUCCACCGCCGAGGACGGCACCACCACGACGUCCACCGUCCUGUGGUUCGGCAUCGUGUUCAUCCUCUUCCUGCACACCUCGGCCCGCACCAUGACCCUGCCCGCCAGCAUCAUCCUGCUCAACAACUGCAGCCCUCACCCAUCCGUGUUGGGCACCAUCCACGGCAUCGGCCAGUCCGUCUCGGCGGGCUUCCGCACCGUGGGACCCAUCGUCGGCGGCUACUGGUACGGCGUCGGGCUGGACUGGGGCAUGGUCGCCUUCAGCUGGUGGGCCGUCGGUGCUGUUGCUGUUGGGGGCUGGAUCUCGAGCCUGAUGCUGUACGAGGGCAGCGGCAAGGAGAUCGAGCUAGAAGACGAUGAGGAGUGA